AUGCAAACAUUUAGUAAAUAUUUUAAAAACUUAAGAAUUAAUGACUAUUACUAUUAUCCAAUUGCUAUAGCUUUCAAAAUAGUAGGUCAAAGCCAAAGUGUAGAUGAGACCUUAAAGCUUGAAAAGAUCAAUUGCUUUAUUGAUAAUAGUCAAAUGCCAUCUGUAAAUAACUUACCAAAUGCUAAACUUAUAACUAUAAAUGAUCUUACAAAGAAAAUAAAUAAGUUAGUUGAAGACUAA